UCGCUGCUCCGUAGUGACGAGAUUGUUGUGGUGUUGCAGAAAUCCGCGCUGGGAACUGAAGGCUUCCUUGCCACUGAGCUCCCCGGGACUUUUGGUGCAGCUUCUGAGGGCGGGGGCGAGUCCACGCGGUUUAGUCAUUGCUGGAGCUCAUCGCACGGGAGCUGCUUCUGAGUAAUUUCUGCUCAACCAUGUCGCCGGCCCCAGCUGCUGCUCAGGCUUCUGUGUCAGUCUCCUUGUUUGACCUGAACGCGGAUGCUCCGAUCCUUCAGGGCCUGCGCCUGGUGAGCCACGCUCCCGGGGAGGCUCUGUCCCAGGCUCUGCAGACUUCCUGUCCAGGUUCAGGGGAGAGAAUAAGCCCAGAAAGAAAACCACUCCAGGGUCCUCUGGAUAUUUCAGAGAAGUUGUUUUGUUCAACCUGUGACCAGACCUUCCAGAACCAUCAGGAACAGAGGGAACAUUAUAAGCUCGACUGGCAUCGGUUUAACCUAAAGCAACGUCUCAAGGACAAGCCUCUCCUAUCUGCCCUGGACUUUGAAAAGCAGAGCUCCACAGGAGAUCUUUCCAGCAUCUCAGGAUCGGAAGAUUCAGACUCAGCCAGGGAGGACAACUUGCAGAUACCGGAUGAGGAGAGGGCUGAGUUUGAGAAGCCUAACCGCCCCCGAGGCUUCCACCGACAUCGAGUUCUUUUCCAGAAUGCCCAGGGCCAGUUUGUUUAUGCCUAUCGCUGCAUCCUAGGCCCUCGCCAGGUGCCCCUAGAAGUACCAGAACUUCUGCUCCAGAGCCUGCAAAAUAGAGGCCCCAGCGUGGUGCUCAUGGCUGCCGCUGGGCACUUUGCUGGUGCCGUUUUCCAAGGAAGAGAAGUGUUGAUACACAAAACCUUUCAUCGCUACACAGUGCGGGCCAAGCAGGGCACAGCUCAGGGGCUUCGGGAUGCCCAGGGUAGGGCUCCUCGCUCUGCUGGAGCCAACCUGAGGCGCUACAAUGAAGCCACACUGUAUAAGGAUGUUCGUGACCUGCUGGCGGGGCCAGACUGGGCUAAGGCGCUGGAGGAGGCUAGGAUGAUACUUCUACGUGCCCCCCGGUCUGGCCGUUCCUUGUUUUUUGGUGGCCAGGAGGCUCCCCUGCAACGAGAGGAUCCCAGACUCUGGGAUAUCCCCCUCGCUACCCGCAGACCCACCUUCAAAGAGCUACAGCGUGUGCUCCAUAAGCUGACCGCCUUGCAUGUCCAUGGAGAAGACCCCCGGGAAACAGUCAGGUUGGAGUCACCUCAGACACACUGGCAGACAGUGAGAGAAAUGAAGGCUAUCAAGGAAGAGAGAAAGGUCCCCAGUGAUGAAAAUCCUGCACUCGGCCAGAAUGAGGAAGCUCCCGAACACGGUUCAGAGUCAGAGGGAGAGGAUGGCUCCCAGGUGGAGCUAGAGCUAGCAGAAUUGACACUGGGGACCCUGGAUCUUCGUGAGUUUGAGAUAUUGCCCAAGCGGAGAAGGAGAAAAAGGAAUAAGGAGAAAAACCGAGACCUGGAGGCUGGGGCACACGUGCCUCUUCCCCAGCAACCUCAAGAUGAUGAGGCCAAGUCCCCCGCUCAGCCAGAGCUCUGGGACGUGCUUCUAGUUGCUUGCCGAGCAGGAGAUAUGGGAAUGCUGAAGCUCCAGCUAGCUGCCAGCCCCGUGGACCCUGGGGUUCUGUCUCUGCUCAGUGCCCCUUUGGGCUCUGGUGGCUUUACCCUCUUGCACGCAGCAGCCGCAGCUGGGAGAGGCUCAGUGGUUCGCCUGCUGCUGGAGGCAGGUGCGGACCCCACUGUGCAGGACUCCCGGGCCCGGCCUCCAUAUACAGUUGCAGCUGAUAAAUCAACACGAAAUGAGUUCCGGAGGUUCAUGGAGAAGAAUCCAGAUGCUUAUGAUUAUAGCAAGGCUCAGGUGCCAGGGCCACUGACAGCAGAAAUGGAGGCACGGCACGCUGCCCGGAAAAGGGAGCAGAAGGCAGCUCGGCGGCACCAGGAGGAACAGCAGCGGAAGCAACAGGAGCAGGAGAAGCGGGAGCAAGAAGAGCAGCGGCGGUUUGCUGCCCUCAGCGACCGUGAGAAGAGAGCUCUGGCUGCAGAACGCCGACUAGCUGCCCAGUUGGGAGCCCCUACCCCUCAGAUUCCUGAGCCUGCGAUCAUCAAUGUUCAACGCUGCUGGAGUUGUGGGACAUCCCUCCAAGGCCUCAUUCCCUUUCACUACCUUGACUUCUCGUUCUGCUCCACACGCUGCCUCCGGGAUCAUCGCUGUCAGGCUGGAAAGCCCUCUUCCUGAUCUCUUAUAGCUCCACGUGGGGCCAACUCUAGGCCAAGAGGGCACAUUCACACUGGCCCUAGGUUUCUUCUUCCCCAUGAAACCAGAGAAUAUUUAGAAGAUUAGGGUGAAGGCCAGUUAGGAACCAGGGCAAAGUCAGGGCCACAGAAGUAUGUGGGGCUGGUGCUGUCUCUGGAACUUUAAUCACAAUAAAGUUUGGCAAGGAAA